GAUCCCAUGGGUCGGGGUACGUAUUGUCCCAGCAGUUACUUACGUUUCUCUUCUUCCUUUCGUUUUUUUUCUACGAACGCCGCCUCUGAUGCUGCCCCUAGUUUCACCUUUGAAUUCACCAAUCUCUGCUCCAAAGGACUCACAAAGCAGGCCUUUGAUAGGUACCAUCGUCAGAUAUGGGCGGAUCCACCUCUGUUUUCUCACCUCAUUCAAUCUUGCAUAUCCCAAAACUCGCCAUUUCUCGGGAAACAGCUUCAUUCCCUAGUAGUCACAUCUGGGUCUUCAAAAGACAGGUUUAUAUCAAACCACUUGCUGAACAUGUACUGCAAAUUCGGCAACUUACAAGCUGCCGUUUCCUUAUAUAAUGUUAUGGUUGUAAAGAAUGUCAUGUCUCGUAACAUUUUGAUUAAUGGGUAUCUGCUUGUUGGGGACUUGGAUGGUGCCAGAAAGUUGUUCGAUGAAAUGCCUGAAAGAAAUGUCGCCACUUGGAAUGCGGUUGUUGCGGGUUUUAUCCAGUUCGAGUAUAACGAGGAGGGACUAUGUUUGUUUAGAGAAAUGCAUGUUUCGGGGUUCAGCCCUGAUGACUUCACUCUUUCUAGUGUUCUCAGAGGGUGUGCUGGUUUGAAGGCUUUGUUAGUUGGGAGACAAGUUCAUUGUUGCGUGGUGAAAUGCGGAUUUGGGUUUCAUUUAGUUGUUGGGAGUUCUUUGGCUCAUAUGUAUAUGAAGUGUGGAAGUUUAGAAGAAGGGGAAAGGGUAAUUAAAUCAAUGCCGAUUCGGAAUGUGGUUGCUUGGAAUACUCUCAUUGCAGGGAACGCUCAAAAUGGGUAUUCUGAGAGUGUGCUGGCCCUUUAUUGUAUGAUGAAAAUGGCUGGUUUCAGACCUGAUAAAAUUACAUUUGUUAGCGUGCUCAGUUCAUGUUCGGAGUUGGCAACGUUAGGACAAGGUCAGCAGAUUCAUGUUGAUGUGAUUAAAACUGGUGCAAGUUCGGAUGCCGGCGUGAUAAGUACUUUAAUUAGUAUGUAUUCAAGGUGUGGUUGCUUGGAAGAUUCUAUUAAGGUUUUCUUGAAAUGUGAAGUAGCAGAUCAUGUGUCAUGGAGCUCGAUGAUUGCUGCAUAUGGGUUUCAUGGACGAGGAGUGGAAGCUGUUGAGUUGUUUGAGAAGAUGGAGAAAGAAGGAUUGGAGCCAAAUGAUGUUACUUUCUUGAGCUUGCUUUAUGCUUGCAGCCACUUUGGGCUUAAAGAUAAAGGACUUGAGUUCUUUAAAUUGAUGACAAAGAAGUAUGGAAUAAAGCCUGGGGUACAACACUAUACUUGCAUAGUUGAUUUGCUCGGUCGGGCUGGCUGUUUGAAUGAAUCAGAAGCUAUGAUAAGAUCGAUGCCGGUGAAAGGAGAUGCUAUCAUAUGGAAAACUUUGUUAUCAGCAUGUAAGAUCCACAAGAACGCCGACAUGGCAAGACGAGUAGCUGAAGAAGUGCUUAAGUUUGAUCCUCAGGAUUCAGCUUCCUAUGUUCUCCUUGCAAACAUCCAUGCAUCUGAGAAAAGUUGGCACAGUGUUUCCGAGGUAAGAAAAAUCAUGAGAGAUAGAAGAGUGAAGAAAGAGCCUGGUGUAAGUUGGUUGGAAAUCAAGAAUCAAGUUCAUCAGUUUUGCAUGAGUGAUAAAGCACACCCACAAUCGGAAGAGAUUGAUUCGUAUUUGAAGGAACUGACUGCGGAGAUGAAGUUACACGGAUACGUGCCCGACACAAGUUUAGUUCUACAUGAUAUGGAUAAUGAGGAGAAAGAAUGCAGCUUGAGUCACCAUAGCGAAAAAAUGGCCAUUGCAUUUGCUUUAAUGAAUACACCUGCUGGUACUCCUAUAAGGGUGAUGAAGAAUUUGAGGAUCUGCAGUGACUGCCAUGUCGCUAUUAAGAUCAUAUCAGAGAUCAAAAAUAGAGAGAUUAUUGUUCGAGAUACUAGUAGAUUUCAUCAUUUCCAAAAUGGAAAAUGUUCUUGUAGAGAUUAUUGGUGA